ACCUGUGACCCUUCUUGCCGCAGGAACCUCCAGACAGAGCUGCCAUGGACGGAGGGGAGCGCGGCCCCGGGCCAGCGGCCAGCCUGGCGGGGAAGGAGGACCUUCUGCUUCUGGCUGAUGAGAAGUUCGACUUUGACCUCUCCCUGUCCUCCUCCAGCGCCAAUGAGGACGACGAGGUCUUUCUUGGGAUAAAAGGAAGCUGCUCAGCUGCCGGCGUGGACUUGUACACCCCAGCCCCCGAGAGCUGCUUCCCAUGGAGCCCCUUCACUCGGGAGAAGUUCGAGGAGGUUUGCAAGGAGGCGCACCUGCUGGCAUUGCAGAUCGAGGGCAGCAGCAAGGACACGGAGCAGCCCGGCAGGCUUAGAGACGCCCAAGGCCCAGAGGUGUUCCUGCAGGAUUCAGAGCUGAAAAUAAGUCUCUUUGAGAAAGGCAGCACGAUGCAGAAGAGCCCCGCGUCACUGAAGAGGGAGACCUACUGCCUGGCCCAGAGCCCUCUGAGGGGGCCCCCCGGCCGGGCCCAGGCCCCCAGCACUGCUCAUGCCCCUCGGAGCACCCCUGCCCCGCCCAGCCUUGGCCAGACACAGGCGUCCCAGCCUUCUGCUCACCCCCUGAGCCAGCUGGUGGUGCCGAAAAGGAACAGGAGCAGACUGCAGCCACCCCGCGUGCCGGCUGUCAGAGGGAAGAGCGUCCCCCCGCCCCUGGAGAAGCCUAAGAAAGAGCGGCCAGCCAGCCUUUCCACGAUGAAGCCCCCGAGUGUGGAGCCCCACCGAGAGGGCCUUCCUGAGAGACCCACCAGCGGAACCCACCUGGCCCUGGGAAAGAGGGCAUUGCCUGUGCCAAACAAGUUGGGGCCGAAGAGGAGCUUAGCGAGGCCGCCUGGCCGCACCGGCAGCCUACCCAGAAGGAGCGCUCCCUCGGGGCCUGCGGUGGGCGCGACGUCACGCAGGGUGGCUCCUCAGGCCAGGGGUGCAGGCCAGUCGGGUGUCCGCAGGACUCUGAGCAGACCGGGGGCCUCAGCCCCACAGCAGUGCCGGCCACCAGGCCCUGCAGACGCGGCCGGCCCGCAGGCCCUUCCCGCCUGUGUUGCCGAGGUCCCGGUGGAGCAGCCCAUGGCCGACACAGCUGCCCUCUCACACCCCCGGACUCCCGAGAGCGCAGGCGCAGGCCUGGAUGCCACCUUCCUGCUGCCUGAAUCCGGCCAGCUGGAUUCAGCUGCAAGAACCCAAAGAAGGCGUGAUUCCUGCCUCAACCCCAGGACCAGGGCUCUGCCGACACCGACUUCUCAAUUUAAAAUCCCUAAGUUUUCUAUUGGGGUGUCGCCGGUCAGUGCCACCCCACAGCGAGCUCAGGCACCGAGGCCACAGGCCUGCAAAUCAGUGGGGAGCUCAGUGCCCAUCGUGAGCAAGAGGGGACAAGGGAUCAGGGAGCUCCCUGCACCUCCCAAGGGCUCAGACCCACGUGGGUGCUCCCUCUGCUCUGAGGUGGGCUGCACCCCAUCCCAUCUCACAGAACUUCCUGGACACCGUCUUCCCCCCCUCCCCCCCAGGAAGCAGCUCUCGGCCCGGCCCUCGGACUCUUUAUCCGAUGGAAGCCCCUCUCCCCCAUCUGCCAUGCCACAAGUGCUUCGUUUCUCUCCGGAAAAGGGGGAUUCCACGUUCCAGAAAGUCCUCACCCCAGAAGCAGCUGUGACUGAGAACAGCCCCCUGAGUGAGGCUGUCGUGGACAUCCAGCUGGCCCAGCUCACCAUCACCCCGGAGGCCAAGAGCCCGCCCCUUGCCGACCUGCCCCUCAUCGACUUCAACAACUCUUCUGAAGCCGGUGGCCAUCAGCCCCCGUCGAGACCCUCUGCCGACGGCCGGCCUCUGAUCGACCUGAUGAUAAACACCCCAGACACAAGCAGAGAUGUCACCCCUAAGCCUCUGCCCGGGGUGGGCCAGCUCAUCGACCUGGCCUCCCCGCUCAUCCAGCUGAGCCCAGCUGCUGACAAGGAGAACGUGGAGUCCCCGCUCCUCCGGUUCUGAGCAGAGCAAGCCCCCCCAGGGUCUCUGUCCCCUCAGGACUGUGCACCCUCAGAAUUGAAUUGAAUUGAAAUUAUGUUGGAAAACAC